UGCAUGUGUUUCGCUUCCUUUGCCUGCUUUGGCAUUUGACGAGUCUGUAUUAAGUCUCAGUUGACUCGCCAUGACGAAUGCUGCGGCGGCGGUGGAGAAGUUCUUGGCAGAGAACCCAGUUGAUGAACGCGCGGCCUCCGCUCUGCGCAAUGCCACGCCCGAGGUUCAGCUGCAGGCCAUGGAGCGAGGCUCCUUAUCAGAUUGCAAGAACCCUUCCGCGGCGCUGAUGGUCCGCAUCAAUGGCUCGGCGGGACAUUCCUCGCACAACUCGGGGCUCAACCAGCGGGACAUGCAGGGCACGCCGGAGGAAGUUUGGGCGAAGAUUAUGGCUAAGAACAAGAGUGGCAUUCCAGGCCUUGCCUUGGGCGGCCUGGACGCUGCCAGCUCCGCAGCGGCCUCGCAGAUCGCGGCCGCGCAGCUCGCUGCCGCGGCACAGCAGCAGCAAUUGGCAAUCCAACUGUACUAUCAACAGCUCGCGGCCCAACAAGUGGCCGCUCAGCAGCUGGCGGCAUCGUUGGCGGUCCAGGCGCCCACCGACCCAGCCGCUGCCGCUGCUGCCGCCGCGGCCGCGGGCGCCCUGCCCGGCGCCGUGCCCGGUGCCGUGCCCGCGGCUCCGUCGCCGGGCGCGGACCCCGCGCUGGCGGCCGCCAUGGCGUUGACGGCCUCCGGAGGUCUUGAAGGCUUGGCAGCUGCUGCCCCACCUGCCGCGGCUCCGCCGGUCGCACCGGUUCCGGGUGCUGACCCCACUCUGGCGCCGCCCAUGCCGCCGAUGUCACCCACCGAUCCCAUGGGGAUGCCGCCCCCACACAUGCCGCCGAUGCCACCACAGGAAGAUCCCGGCGCCAUGGCCUUCCCUCCUCCUGCCUUUCCAGACCUCUCCGCCCCGCCGCCCACCUUCCCCGACCUCACGGGCGGUCCAGCACCUGGGGCUCCGACGUUUCCGGACCUCACCGGUGGCGGGAACGUGGGAAUGACCAAAUCAGCACCUCCACGGCCACCAAAUGAGGCGUAUGCCGGGCUGAAGGGGGAUGGGAAGGGGAUGUUCCCACCUGACUGGGGAAAGUGGGAGAAGGGCUUUGAUGGAAAGGGAUGUGGAGAUGGCAAAGGAUUUGGAGAUGGAAAGGGAUGGGGUGGUGAUGCUUGGGGUGGAGGUGACGUCUGGACUAACGGCAAGGGCUGUGGCGAUGGAAAAGGUUUUGAUGGCUUUGGAGAUGGCAAAGGCUUCGACAAGGGCUGGGGUGGCAAGGGCUGGGGCGAUGGAAAAGGCUGGGGUGACGGGAAAGGAUGGAAUGAUGGAAAGGGUUGGGGAGGGCCAAAGGGUUGGGACAAGGGAAAGGGAUUCGGCAAAGGAAAGGGCUGGGAUGGCAAGGGCCCGGGCUAUGCUCCCUACUGAGCGGACGAAUUUGAGAAGUAGAAAGCAUCUUGUUGAUGGCUUUGGGCUGCCACCAUGAAGCUGCCAUCCAU